AUGAAAAUAACACGUUUGAUUCGGCAGUCGAAUGCACUGACCGUCCUAGUGACCGCUUGCGACCUCAAUGUCACACGACUGAGUGACAAGUUUAAUGUAAUCCAGUGGGCCGAGUCUGGCACAAUGCCUAAGAAAAUGCUGAUCGAGGAAGUGGCGGCUGCUCAUGGACUGCUUUGUCUGCUGCAUGACAAAAUAGAUGCUGAAGUGCUAAGUGCUUCUAAUAAUUUACGCGUUAUUUCGACGCUUUCCGCUGGCUACGAUCAUAUCGAUUUGGAAGAAUGCAAAAAACGGUAA